CAUGGCAUUGCUUCGCGCUCUUCAUUUCAUAUCGAUAUCUAUGGAAGUCCAAUAGUUGGUAAUCAUUUGUGAAACAUUCUCGAGUUCAUAAUCUCUCCUUGUCCCCCAUCAAGCUUCCCCGCAGUAUCGUCGCAUCCGCGUUGUUUUCACUUCUGUGCAACAGCGACUGGGAGAUUACCUGGACGAACAUCUGCUGCAUCCACGGAAAAGCCUAGCUGUCCUGCAUCAUCAGUGUCCCUCGUUCAUGCCGAUCAAUUGGCGCGAUCCCGAAUACAACCUUUGAAGAGUCAGAACAAGGAUUCACAAAUGUCGACAAAGCGGGGUACAUCGACAAUAAAGAGUCGAGAUGGCUCUGGACGACAAGGAACCAGCAAAGCACAGAAAAGCUCAUUCUUAAAUAUUACCACUAUGGCCAUUGGAGUACUUGCUAUUGGUGUCUUGGUUCCCUAUAGCCUUGGCCUCUUCGGUGAGGCUCAGGCAAACCCUACUGCCAUCGACCCUGCCAAGCUACCAGCUACGGCCCAGAUAAUCGACCAGAAGACCUUCAAUGUUUUGGAGCAUGUCCCUCCACCGAAAGAAGCUAAUGCUACAACUAGGUUCCUCUGGCCGGGAGUUUCCUAUGAAUCCCUUACUGAACGACCAUUUCAUGUUUAUGAUGCAGAGUUCCUCAAUAUAAUUGGAAGCAAUCCAACCUUGACCUUGCUCGCCACUUCAGAAAAAGAUCCCAUCUUCCAUGAAGCUGUUGUAUGGAACCCUCCGACUGAAGAAGUUUUCUUUGUGCAGAACGCAGGCGAUCCAGACGCUGGAACAGGACUUGCAAAGUCAUCUGUCAUCCAAAAGAUUUCUUUGGCCGAAGCUGAAGCUCUGAAGAAUGGAUCGCACACGGAGAGUCAAGUCAAGAUUACUGUUGUAGACUCUAAUCCAAAAGUCAUAAACCCUAAUGGCGGAACGAACUAUAAGGGUCAGAUCAUCUUCGCAGGCGAAGGGCAAGGCGAGAAGAUACCUUCCGCUUUGUAUCUGAUGAAUCCCGAAGCGCCAUAUAAUACAACAACACUUGUGAACAACUUCUUUGGCAGGCAAUUCAACUCUCUCAAUGAUGUCUCCGUCAAUCCACGCAACGGCGAUAUCUAUUUCACAGAUACCAUGUACGGCUACUGGCAGUACUUCCGCCCCGAGCCUGGACUGCAAAACCAAGUCUACCGUUUCGACCCAGAUACUGGAGCGUUAACCGUUGUUGCGGAUGGCUUCGUCGCUCCAAAUGGCCUCACUUUCUCACCCGAUGGACUGCACGCCUAUGUUACAGAUACCGGCAUAAGCAACGCACUAUUCGGGCAUAACUACACUCGUCCUGCCUCUAUCUACCGAUUCGAUGUACAAAAAGAUGGUACAUGGGAGAAUCGCAAGACGUUUGCUUUCACAGCAGCUCGCCUACCAGAUGGAAUUCAUUGCGACUCCAAAGGCAACGUCUAUGCGGGCUGCGGCGAUGGCGUGCAUGUCUGGAAUCGUUCCGGAAAGCUCAUUGGAAAGAUUUACACAGGAAUCAAUGCAGCCAACUUUCAAUUCGCUGGCAAAGGACGCAUGGUUAUCAUGGGGAGGACAAAACUGUUCUAUGCUACUCUUGCUGCUUCUGGAGCACCAUUAAGUUGAGCUAUUGACAUAAUCCGAUGCCUCGGCACGGGGUCUUGACUUCAGAGUGAAGCGUCAAUUCCAGACCUACUACUGAUGCUUGGCACUUUUAAGAGGUUUGGAGACACGAUCCUUCAUGGCUCAAAAUAACAAGUUUCUGCGUAUCGAAGGAGCUGCAUAGACAUGGAAUAGUAACUGAAUUACCAGAACAAGCUAGGAUGCUGUUAUUAUCAAGCUUUAAGCUUAGUGAUGGAUCACCAUGGGUUACAUCGUGAUACAGGGCGGCACAGCUCUCGGCCCCGAGCAUCCAUCCAGGUUUUUGCCGAUCCCGC